AUGACGAAAUCUUCAAAUGAUGUGAUAAUUGUUGUUGACCAUGUUUUAUUAGGAAUGCGAUCGGUGACUCGUCAUCUUUUACUCAUGAUUAUUAGUGGCUGUUUCAUGUCAGAUGCACUCAUGUAUGAUUGCGCCUGUGCAUUGAAGCUUCAUUGGAAUAAAUGGUUAGGUACUGAUAUGCUAAAAUCGUCACCAAUAACUCGACAACUUCCAAUUCAUCUCGCUCUUGACAAUUUUCAUCAAAAAACACACUCCAGACCGAUGUGUCAAACUAUUAUGAAAGCUGACCAUCCAUCACAUGAAGGACGAUUCAUUGGCUUGAACAGUCAAGCAGCUGAACAAGCAUUCCAGUAUAUAUCCCGUGCUAAAUUUGCAUUACGAAAUUUCUCGUUUCCACAUUCGACGACAAUGAUGUUAAUAAUGCUGCAUCUUUUGAAUUGUAAAACAGCUGGUAUCAAUUCAGAAACCAUUGGUUUGGGAUCUCUUCACUUCGGUGAUAUUAUCAAAGACUUUUUUGUGACACCAUGUAUGUAUGAACGAUUUGGCACGUUAAAUAAUGAAGAAUUGAAUAAAGAUGGAGAUGAUGGUCAUUCAGAUUUAGAUCAUAAUGUUACUUCCGAAGAUAUAUCAUAG